CUUUCUCCCUCGUUCAUGUCUGAAGCGAGCAUCAUUCUCGGUAUAAAGAAUCCUGUCUUCAUUCACAGAGCAGCAGCUUUACAGAGCCUCCCACGGACAGUUUUCAAUAAAAUGUUUCAAGGCAUCGCAGCAAAUCCUGCUGUUGGAGGUCAAGGGAACAAGCCAGAACUGUACGAGGAAGUCAAAUUGUACAAAAAUGCCAGAGAGCGGGAAAAGUAUGAUAACAUGGCUGAACUGUUUGCUGUGGUGAAGACACUGCAGGCACUGGAAAAAACCUACAUCAAGGAUUGUGUCACUCCGACUGAGUACACAGCGGCCUGCUCACGCCUGCUGGUUCAGUACAAAGCAGCAUUCAAACAGGUCCAGGGCUCCGAUAUCAGCACAAUUGAUGAGUUCUGUAGAAGAUAUAGGCUGGAUUGUCCAUUGGCGAUGGAGAGGAUUAAGGAGGAUCGUCCAAUCACAAUCAAAGAUGACAAAGGCAACUUGAACCGGUGCAUUGCUGAUAUUGUUUCGCUGUUCAUCACUGUCAUGGAUAAACUCCGUCUUGAGAUCCGAGCCAUGGAUGAGAUCCAGCCUGAUCUCCGGGAGCUGAUGGAAACCAUGAAUCGGAUGAGUAAUCUGCCUGCAGAUUUUGAAGGAAAGGAGAAAGUUGGCCAGUGGUUACAGAAGCUCAGUGGAAUGUCAGCAUCAGAUGAAUUGGAUGACACCCAGGUGCGACAGAUGCUGUUUGACUUGGAGUCAGCCUAUAACUCAUUCAACAGGUUCCUGCAUUCUUCCUAAGGGGCCUCUUAUGGCUUGCAGCACGGGAAUGAGCCUGACUACUGUUCUUCCACAGUCACCCACAGAUGGUUUCCUGAAAUGCUGCCAUCCAGUCCUUCCCAACUACUGAAUGGGACUCCCUCUUUCUUCAUUCCUGUUUUUCACCAGGAAUGCAAUGUGUUCAUGUCUCUCUGUGUAGAUAUUGUAUCUGUGUAAGAUAGGUCUGUUCCAUUGUUCUCUGGGCUCUAUAUAUUUUAUGUAUUUCUCUGAAUAAAAUGGAAGUGAAAUUGU